UUAGUUUUCAUCGCUAGUUUAACCAAAAAUAAACCUCUUCUCUAGUACUUGCACAAACAUGAGUGUCAGUACAUAGGCAAGUGGGUAUAGGCACAGUCCUCAUUCAGUGUGCAGCAUUCAGGAGAUGGAGACAAUUUCGAUGUCAAACACUAGAGGUGCAUUGGGAGGAAUUCCCCAUGCCGGGAAUCCACUGGAACCAUAGGCCUUCUCUGCACUCAGACUGAACCGAGCCCCCUCUCCAACCUUCAUAGUCAGACAUCCAUCGUCCCAACCUUGAAUGACUUUUCCCAUGCCUACUUGAAAAGAGAAAACUCUCUGACCUGGAUCACGUGUGCUGCAGAACUUCUUCAUGGUGGACUGGAGGUGCCCGGUGCAGUGCACCGUCACGUUGUCUCCCCUCUGCACUGCCCUAGCCCCGGCUGGAGCUUCCUUUAGGACUUGCUUCAUCACUCCUUGUACCACCAGCUGCGCCAUCGUCUAGCUGACAAACUCUUGUGUGGUCUUUGGGGCACGCUUUAGGGACUCUAAUUGAGCGGGAAAAAGCUGUUCGAAAUUUCUCCGUGAAGAUUGCUCGCUGAAUCAGCAACACACGUGGCGGCGCGGGUGCAGGGAAACAAAGGGGACAAAGCGAACCAGACAAUCGAAGCUGUGUCCUCGUCAAAGUCGUCUUCCAUGAUGCCCAAGUUUCUCCUACUCGUCUUACCGUCUCUGCUGUUCGCUGCGUGUCUCGCUGGUGAUGAACAGCCUCCCCACUUCGACGAGAGCUACCUCAUGGGCAUGCGGGCCUACACCCGGGAGGACUGGGCCGUGGCCACUGCUGGCAUGCAGCAGGCCGUGAGGGACUUUGAGAGCUACAACGAGGCCAGCCUCAAGUGCCUCAAGCUGUGCGAGAACCAAAAGGUGAAGGUGCCAGUGGACUACUAUGACGACCAGGAGCUAGCUGUGUUCCAUGAGAUCAUAGCCAGAGAGACUUGUAUAAGGAACUGCAGGGACAAGGAGGUGGACGUGUACCCCAGAGCAGGGAUCACCAGCUAUACUAUGGACCACAUGAAAAACAAGAAUGUGUACGACUACCUUCAACUGGCUCUCUUCAGGGAGGGCAAGCGUGAGGAGGCAGCCAAGGCAUGUGCCACGUUUGUCUACUACAACCCUCGUCACAUCAAUGCCUCGGUGAGUCUGGUGUUCCACAAGAAGAACAAGAAUCUCACCGAGGAGGACUUCAUUCCACACAACAAAAUGACCUACUCCCUUCCCUCCCCUCCCCUCCCCACCUUCCUGCUAGUGGGACCUGUACUACAUGGGCAGUGAGCUCUACCAUAGGAACCAGUGGCAGGAGCUGGUGGAUGUGAUUGAGACCUCUCUACAGGAACUGCCCAGGGCUCUCCAGCGGUGCAGGGAUGAGUGCUAUGGCCCUCUCAGACUUGGCCGCAGAAUGGGCUUUGCUCAGACGGUUAUCCACCAGAUGAUCACACUGAAGGAGUGUCAGAGCCAGUGUAUCCACAAACUGGGAGAACUGAGGUUUGACAAGACUGAGGAGUUCUUUGGCAGCUACUUCCACUACCUCCAGUAUGGCUACCACAUGUUGAAUGCCAGUCUGCCAGCCAUCCAGGCAUCGGCCACACAGCUACAGUUGGAACCCCACAGUGAUGUGGCCAAGAAAAACGCUGUCUUCUACCGACAGCAACAUGGAGUCACUCGCAAGGACUUUAUUCCACGAGAGGAUGUACAGCCACUGAUAGAGUCCAUGGAUCUGGAGCAUUCCUUCAUGCAUGUCCUGGAUGAGUUGUCAGGUCAUCUGGAGCAGUUUGGGGAGGAGAGACAGGGAGGAGAGGAGGGACAGGACGAUGCUGAACUGCUGGACAAUGACUUCUUUGCCUAUCCUCCUGCCAAUAUGCCACAAGCAGAAGAAUGGGAAUGGCAAGAGUGGAAUAAGCCUGAAAUAGUGAGGUUCACAACUGACCCAGACCGUAUGCUGGCAGACAAUGUUUUAUCUCAAGACCAGUGUGACAAACUACUAGAAUUGACCAAGCACUGUAAGGAGGGAGAUGGCUACCAACGCAAGGCCCCCCACACUUACAACGAGCUCUUUGAAGGACUCAACAUUCUUGAUGCAGCCAAGAAAUCCCAAGAGGGAGAGGUUGUUCCAGAGCUGUCUCAACUGUAUGUCAAUGCCAGCAGGAGGUCUCGAGAUGCAAUAGCCAAGGAAUUCAAUCUCCAAACUCCACUCUAUUUCUCCUACACCCACUUAGUCUGUCGCACUGCCAAAGAUGUGGUGGAGAGGAGAGAUCUGAGUCAUCCAGUCCACUCUGAUAACUGCAUCCUGAACGAGGCCACUGGAGAAUGUGACAAAGUCCCUCCUGCCUACACCUGGAGAGACUACAGUGCCAUUCUGUACCUCAGUGGUGAGUUUGAAGGAGGAGACUUCUUCUAUGCACACUCUACAAAAGAUCUCUCACCUGAGGAGACGGUGAGUCCAAAGUGUGGUCGUCUGGUGGCCUUCUCAGCAGGGAAGGAGAACAUGCACGGAGUACUGGCUGUCACCAAAGGCAGGAGGUGUGCCGUGGCUCUCUGGUUCACCCUUGACCCCAACCACAAGGAGGCUACCUUCUCCAUGGCUGAGGAGAUUCUCCACGAGAUUAAGACUGUUUCAUGAUAGGGAUUUUGUCUACCACUGAUUCAAAUUAUGUUGUUCUUUUCUCUUUUGUACCAAUUAUGCAGCUGCAAGUGUGGACAUUGUAAUUCACUUGUGCGUCACUAGAUAUAUGACAAAGA